ACAGUCAAAUCUAUAAAAGAAAAAUGUAAGUGGAAGGCAUACAAAAUAAUUCGUUCAAAUUAUUAUCAAGACGUAGCUAGAAAAAAUUACUCUUUUGAGUAUGGCAAAAUGGCACGUUUUGGAAAAAACUUAGUAUUUCUUGCAUACUUUAAAGACAAAGAUCAGUUGGACGCAGCUAAGGCAUUGGACAAAGGAGCAGACGAUACUUGGAUUAUUCAUGGUAAGGGUUUGGGCAAUCAACCGGUAGAGAUCUCAAAAAGGGACUCACGUAGUGAUUUGGUCAGCACUACGCCAAGAAAUAAUGGAAAAGUAACGCCUGCAACGAAAAUACAACCAAAGAAAGUUGUAGACAUAGUUUUGGAUUUGAGAGCAGAAAUCAACAAAGAGUUGUCACAGGAUGAAAAAGAUGAUGAAAAGUGGAUUGACAGAUGUAGAAAUGGGUACGCUGUGCUAGUUACAGAUUUAAAAGAAAGAAAAAAGAAGAUGGAUGAAGCAAGGUUGGAACGUGAUACUUUACAAAAAGAAUUGGAAGUAGUUCAUACCAAAGUGAAUGAAAAUCAAAAAAUACUGGAUAAGAUUAAAAGUGAAAAAGAGAAAAAAGCAAAAUCCAAUGAAAAUACUAAACAGGUAUCACCAUUAGAAUUACACGAGUAUGAAUCGAUAAAUGAAACAUGUAGCAAGAGGCUAGAUGAAAAAAAGAAUAAUGAACCGAUUUGUACUCCAGAAUAUAUGGAGCGACUACAAGCGCAGCGUGAUAUUUACAGGAAGGUCUUCGAAUUAGCAAAAGAAGCAGCAGAACAAUGGAAACGCCUAAGAAAGACACAAGGUGACCGUGUAAAAGAGGAAGAAGGAAUAGAAAGUGAUAGUGAUGAAGAAGAAGAAGAUCAAGUGGUGGUAAGUACAGAAGCGCAUAACAAAAGAGGCAAUAACUGGUUCUCUCACUUGUUGUAUUGUUUCUUUUUUAUAAUCAUUUUGAAUUUCUAUAUCAUUCUUGGAAUUUAUUU